CCCAGAUGUACCACACUCACUGCCCGUACGUCACCUGCAACGAACCACACAUCGUCAAAUACAAAAUCAUCAAGGCGUAAGCUCCUCACAUACAUACAGUCACGCACACGAGCACAAUCACACAUCCAUCCCAUCUCCUUCCUUCCUUCCUUCCUACCUUGUUCACUCACAGCAAUUCAGUGCCAAGUGCGCCUCCAGCGCCCAACAGUGCUUCCAGCAGCGCAUCCGCGUCCAGCAGUGCAUCCAGCAGUGCACUCGCUACCAUCACUGAGUAGCCUACCUGCACACAUACACACACACACACACACACACACAUGCAUGCACAGACGCGCUUCUCUGUGCCCUGUGCUUUUCACCUGCAUGUAUAUCUCCCCCACCUGCACCACACCACCGCAAUCACACCACAGACCAACUCAUGAUCAACACACCUGCACCGUCUUCCAAACGAACGACAACACAUCGCCUGGACACACACAGCAGCACAUAAGUCAACGCCACCUGCACCACACACGCACAGCACCGCAGUGAAUACGCGUCGGCCGAUGGAUGGAUGGACGCGUCUCCUCGCCAGAAGCAACGCUGCUGGGAGCAGGUGCCUGUACAUACACAACACAACCUUCUUCCACACGCACGGCAACACAUCGCACGAAACGCACAGCCCCCUCAUCUGCACCGACGUAAUGGCACCAUCUGUGUCCGACUUUCUUGUGUGAAAUUCACCUCCAGAUGUGGCUUGGACACAGACAACCUUCUGAUGAAACAGACGGCCUCCUCAUCUGCAGCACCAUCUGUAUCCGACUUCAUCCGCGUGAAAUUCACCUCCAGAUGUGGCCAUUUCCCCGCCUUGCCUAUCUUCCAUGACUGUGACAUCUGCAGAUGUGGCCAUCUUUCGUUGUCUUCCAUGGUUUCCCGCUCUCAAUUACCAAACUCCAAGCUCCCUGAUGACCCAUACACGUGCAUAAAAGCUGUUUGGCGGUGGGAACGCUCC